AAGGCGGUCAGACACGAUGUUUCCCAAGGCUGUACUCGCAGCCUUGCUUUGGGCAGUGGUCAGUGGCCAGAGCAAGCCACGCCCAUGCUGCACUGACCAUCAGUUUGAGAUGACUCUGGGGGAGGUGGCCGGAUCAUUUUUCUCGUCCAAUGGUCUCCCCUCGUCAUCUAUCCUCACAGGCGACAACACGCUGCAUUUCGACGAGUAUCGGAAGAAGGCUGUCGUCGUGUCUCGCCUGGUCGAUCUGAAGGGCAAUCGGAUCGAGGUGAACGUCUUCAUAGACUUCAACACUAACAAACAGUUCGUUCAGUUUGCCAAUGGAUCGUGUGUUUCAAUACCUGCCUACCAGAUACUGCGAUCUCCGUGCGUUCCAGCCAAUGCCACGUUUGUGGGCUCCAGCGACUUUGGGUACGGCCCUAACAUGGUGGAGGUGAACAACUUCCAGGUGACCUUUCCCCCGGGCGAUACCACGCUGAGGAUCGCUGUCACCAAGUACGGCUGUAUCCCCAUGGUGGAGUCCUUCUACGGACACAAGAUCCCACAGCCCGAUGGAAAGCUAGCGGCCAUAGACCUCGUGUUCCUCAUAACUAACUUCAAGCCUGGACUGUCGCAGCCAGCCCUGUUCGACAUCUUCCCCACCAACUGUCAAGGCGCAUCCUCCGACGAGGCGAUUCCUGAACACACACGACGAGCGAUACACGCCUUCAAUCUGAUGUACGCUAAUUAAGAUAAACACCUGCUUUUAAAUAAAAUUGGAAA